CACAGAUCUUUGAAACCCCGGUAGUUUAAUAGCGACAUGGCUCUCCGAUAAGAUGAAGCUCAGAUGCAUCAUAAGAUAAAAAACUUCACCGACGAGGUCCCCUUGAGCCCACAUGGUUGUGUUGUUGGUAAGAGCCCGCAUUAUGUUGGUCCACUGCAUAUGCAACUCUAGCCGCACAUGUAGUUCUGAAGUUUUACAUCGGAGAUGGCGGCCAAGGCUCAAUGUUCGCUUCUGCAAAGGUUGUAGUCGCUUAACAUACGAAAGUGUGUUUCGCCAGUACGUAGGGACCUCUAUCAAAAACUGUAUAAGAUAAGUCGUUUGGAUCUUCUGGUGGUGUAAGUAUUCCUCAUUAGUCACUCAAAGACACACUUCUUCUAACAUCGCUGCGCCAUUGACCUUUGUAGCAUAUCUCCAAAUGUGAUUCACACCAGAAUAAAAACGAUAUUGGAGAGCUUGAUCAGCACUUGGUGUAUUGGUUCUAUCUUUGCUUUGGCUUUCCAAUGCAAUCUCCCGAAACCUCGGAACUCGAUUAACGGCGUCUGCCAUGAUAGAGUAAGUCGAACCUCAGAAUCGCUUAUUUCAACAUAAUACUGAUGAUGAUAGGCGGCCUUUUGGCGUUCAGUCGCGGCGUUGAAUAUAAUUACAGACAUUGCUUUGGUGGCUCUCCAGGUGGUUAUGAUGCGGAACCUACAGAUGAGUCUCAAGAAAAGACUCAUUGUUUUGAGCUGCUUUGGUUCUCGGGGCCUGUAAGAAAUCCAAUGACUACUAUCUAGGAGUUUCGCUAACAAGGAAAGUCUAGAGAUAUCAUCGUCUCUUGCGUACAACUAGGCUUUACGCAGGCUUUCAACAAGCCCAUAAAAUCCGAGAAUCUCUGGCCGUGGACAAUCAUCAGUCAAGUCUCAAUCUGUGUAACCAUUGUCACGUCAUGUGUGCUUUAUUUACGCCCACUGCUUGACACUUUACCAUCCGGGCUUUACUGCAGUGACGAGCUGCGCCGAAGAGGUAUCAACAUUUCCUAUGGCUAUGAGAUCACCUCCGAGGAUACUUACAAGCUACAGAACCCUGCAUCUAUCGGGCAGGACAAUAGGUUUGCCUCUAAACAUGCUAUUGGGCAAUUAAGCAAUACUAAUCAUUCUGCUACCGGUAUGAAACGAUAAUGCAAAAUCAAAACCCGUGGGAUGCAGAAAGUCAGCAUAGCCAAUCACAUAUCAUUAAAACGACAGUCUAGAUUCGAAGAAUGCGAGGAAAAGCGCAGCUUUGAAUUUGAGACAUCAGGGUCAAGAUACCCAGGUACAUCUGCAGCUUGCGAAAUACAGUCGAUGGUAGUGUCGUGAUGGUGAGGGAGACCAGCGAGUCGGAGUGGACUUUAUUUAGGAGUUAAAAUCAAUCCAUUUUGUUGCCUGAUUUGAGACGUCGUUAGUCACUUACGGUACGUACUUACAAUACAAUGCC